ACCUUCUCCCUUCGCACUACCUGUUCCGUUCGUGACGACGUGCUCGGAUCUUGGAAUUCCAGUUUUGUUUUCCCCUCCAUCCCCUCCCCAAUAUCUAUCUAUCGAAUGCUGAUAAAGUUGUUUGGAAACUGCCAACAGAACAGUACUACAGCAUACAGCUGUUGAAUGUUGAAGUUGAAUUAGUUGAAUUAGUUGCAAUAAUUUAAAAAGUCCAAGCUAGGGGAAGACUGAUUGUGUUGUUUCCAGUGUAUAGAUGCUUACAGUGAUAAUGGAUAGCCAGGAAAGCACACCCAUCUCCGCCUGCGAAGAAAACUCUUCAACUAAUGAACAUGAAGGAUUCAUCAAAAAGUUAUCCACGAAAUUCAACUACGAUUAUCACACCUUCUGGGACAAAAUACCAAAAGCGAAAGUAAUGAUCCAAAAUCAGUCAACGAUCGUAACAGCUAGCAAAGAUCUAGUCGCCGGAUUGUUCUUGAAAAAGAAAUGUAACGAGAUCAUGUCGCUUGCUUUGGACUUGUCGUUUUAUGUGAAACAAACACCAACUGAAACUUCUUUCGUUUACGAGAAAGUAUCGCCGUUUGUUUCCUCAUCUCUGCAUGAAAAAAACGAUCAUUCCGCUGAAGUAAUGAUCGAUCUUUCGCCUAAAGGAUGGUACGAUCAAUGGAUAAAUAAAACAGGGUCCCAGAUCUCAAAUGGCUUCAAACAACGAUUUCUGGAUGUAUUCAACAAACCUGAAAACGAAGCCACUAUAUCUUUCCUAGGACCGUGGUUGGCUACAGUUCUUUUAAGACUGGAAAAACAUCAUCCAUCUCACGUUGCCAACAAAAUCACAAAACUUUUUAAACAUGCAGAUAUCACAACUCACCUAAAUCGAAGCGUUAUUUUUCUAGAUAACACAUCGAUGGAAGAAUGGGAACUUUUGUUGAAGAGGUUUUCGAAAGUAUCUCUCGACAAACAGAAGAGAAAUGCUCUUUAUCGAGCUAUGCUUGAAAUUAAAAAGGAAAACGAGAACAUUUGUGGAAUACUGAAUUUUACUACUCUACAAACCUUUUUCUUGGGCGGAAUGACACUGGUAACGCUUAUAGAAAAACUUUACGAUACUAUCGCACACAGCUGUACAAACUUAGCGGAAAUGUUGGAGUUACUUGAAAUUGAAACCCUGGAUACAAAGGAGUCAUGGCGGACGUACGUCGAGUUCAAAGUACUCAUGAAUACUUUUUCAAAAGAUGAAAGAUAUUUUACGUGUUAUGCUCGAGCCUUCGAUUCCGAAGUAUUCGAAGAUUUGACCUAUGCCAAGAAUAUGAAACUUUGCAAUCGUUUAGCUGUAUUGGAUGAUAUAGCCGUGCAUCCCCAAGUCAGUCGAUAUUCUGUUUCAAAUAUCGGUCCUGCCUACAAACAACUCAUUUCCAACAGGAAGAACGUCGAGUUGCUGACGAAUGAUGAUUUCAGGUUCUGUCACAAUGCUGCAGAGAAUGCCAGUUUGAAAAGCGCGAUGGAGGGGGGUUUUGUUUGUGAUUUCGUCGUUAAAUGUUCUAAAGAAAGAGCACAAGAACAACAAAAAAUUGCAGACGAAGCGUUGAAAAAUGCGCAAUUUGAGCAGAUGCUUGCUGACAAAUAUCGUUCGUUUGCCGAAGAAGAGGAAAAAAAGUUUCGAUGUUUGGAAAGUAUGGGAAUAGAACAAACAGCGUUUGCUCAAAUCGUUAAAUGGGAUGAAAUUUCGAAAAAUAAAGCUCCAUGGAAACCGCCUAAAUUUGGAUUUGGAUCUCUCAAACUCGAAGAAAAGUCUGAGGGUACUGAUACAAAAGAUGCUUCAUCAAAAACAUAUGAACCUGAUUUUAAUUUUUCCGACGAUGAAUCAUCAGAAGCAUUUGUAUUGGAAUUGCCUCAACUCGGAGAACAAGAACGGAAUUUCGACAAAGCAGAUCAAGCAGAUGCAGAGGACGUAGUUGAUUUCAAAUUAGGCCUGUCCGAACCUGAAGAACAGGAAGAAAAGUUAGAUAAUGCAGAUUCGAAUGAUUCUUUAUCUGCUAUGUUCGCUGAAUGGGAAGAAAUAUCGAAAAAUAAAGCUCCAUUAGAGCCAUAUGAAUUUGAUUUAACGUUGCUUUGAAUUAUUUUUGCUUAAUUUAGGUGUUUAUUGUUUUUCUCUCCUUUUUUAAAAAAUGAUUUUAAUGUAUGUUAUGUAGGUAUCUACGAUUGAUAAACGGUUUUUUUGAGAUUAA